AUGAUGAUGUCCUCGAAACAUGUAUCGCGGGGGAAGCGGUGGCGCGGUCUGAGGCUGUCCAUUAGCUUCCGCACGCUGGUGGGAACGCUUCUGGCGAUCUUGAUCCUUGCUGUCGUCUUCCAGCGCUCCGGCCGCGGGCUCGAACCAAAAGCAAAAGGCGCCGACCUCCAGUUCAGCGACCCUUGCGGCGUCCUCAAGGAUCUUGGUGCUCCGGACGAUGGCUCAUGCCUGCGGUGCAGAAGACUGACGUUGCAUGCUGCCGCUGCGUUCAACCAGUUCCAUCCGAGGUUGUCAGUCCUGACGUCGCUUCUCGGACCGGGCGUCCACACGUUCCUCGAGGACUUUCUAGCGGACGUGCGACGCCAAACCGCGUGGAACAAAACCGAGGUGCUCUUCGGGAGCACGCUGGACGCCUUGGUGAAAUGGCCCGCACAGGACCGCCAGCGCCUCUUGCGCUUCGUCUUCGAGCAGCGCAACGUGGGCCUCGUGCUUUUCCCGGAAGACCCCGGGCUGUAUGAGCUCUGGAACUACAUGAUAUCGCGCUUCGCGCGCGGCGAGUUCGUCACGAACGCCAACUUGGACGACCGUCGUAGAUACGACUCUUGGGAGAUCAAGAUGCGAAGUCUCGAAUCCGACCCGCUUCUCGGCGUUGUCGCGAGCACCGUGGUCGCGACAGACGUUUCCACGAACUGGGAGGAAGGCAUGAAUCGCCCUGGUGCAGCUGUGUGGUUUCAGGACUUGCCUGACGUCCCCCUGCUGCAGCCGUGGAACUUCUUUCGGUUCCACGACAACAAAGUGCGCCCGGAGAACUUCCCGCACAACAGCCCCAUGUGGCGCAAGUCCAUCCACGGGGUCUGCGGCUACUUCGACGUGUCCUACGAUCCGGUAGCGGAUUUCGAGUUCUGGCUGCGGUGCCGCAACGCCGGCGUCUUGUAUACGAUCAUCGCCGACCCGAUCGAGGCGUACUACGUCAAUCCGUCGUCGCACAAUAGGCGCACGGGUCGCUCGAAGAAUGCAAUGCUUAUUUCCGAGAUUGUGCGCAGGCAUCUCCCGGAAGGACCCCAUUGUGAGGAUGUUCGUGUGGCGCUGGCGCAUGACGAGCUCCAGUUGUCCCACCUGACCGGAAGCGACCACCGCGUGAUGACGGUCAUGGAACGCUUGGGGAAAGUUACCUGCAGCGCCGUCGAUCUGACCGUUCGAAGCGAGAUGGACGGGCAGACAGCGCAAACGAUCGACGCGCUGCAUGGGCGUCUCGUGUCCUCGGACCCCGCCAUGCGAUCCUUCCAAGAUAUGGCGUGCAGCGAUGGCGGGUAUCUGAUGACCAUCGCGUCUGCACGAUUCCCUCGCGACGGAGCGCCCUCGAUUCCGGAGGUCCUUGUGGCAUGGCACAACAAAGGGUGCCUAGGACAGUUAGUCGUGAUUUCCGACGAGGUUCACUUCCUGCGACAGCUUCAAUCUCCGGCCAAGGGCGCUAGCCGAGAUGGCGCCCUUGCGAUCGAAAGGCGCGAAGCCGACGUCUACAUGGCCGCGGCGCAGGUCAUAGCUGUGUCCCACAGCGACGCGUCUCUCAUGCACGAGCUCGUCGGCCGGCAGCAUGGACGCUUUUGCGUCGUGCCGCACCGCGGUGCUGAUAUUGUGCAGCAGCAGUGGCCGAGGCAGGAGAGGUCGUUGAACCUCUGCUUCCACGGCAACUUCGAUGACUUCAACGACGAGAUGUCAGUGAACUGGUUCCUUGACAGUGUCCUGCCAGCCGUGCGUGGAGCGAUUCCGGACAUGGUGCUGCGGAUCAUCGGCCAGAGUUGGGAGACGUCGGGGGCAGAGGGGAGGCAGGGCGCGCUGUUUGGCGAUGCAGACGUGUGCUUGGCUGAGGUGGUGCCUCGGCGACAAAUGCUCACGGGCGUUCGCACAGAGGUUAUUCACGCACUGUCGCAGGGCAUACCUGUCGUUUCAACGUCGCAUGGGAUACGAGGGCUCCCUUGCUUGCCACGCUGCAGAGGCAUCGUCAUCGCAGACAAUGCCGAGGACAUGGCAGACAGCAUCGUGCGGCUAUACGAAAGCCCCUCGCGCCUCGCAGAGGUGGCCGCCGGUGCGGAGCAGUCCAUCUCACUAUGGCGAAAUACACGUCAACUCCCUGGUUGCCUCGGUUCAAUAUUCCCAUCCGUGAUCGACAUGGAUGGCCGCGGGCACGUCGACCUGGACCAUGGACUCGAAGUCGAGGCUUCGGAGUGA